AUGUCUUUAGCGAAAAUAUUUUCAGUGUCUUCUCGAGUAAGAGCUAGUGGAGCUAGCAAUGUUUUAGUACGUUACGCCAGUUCAGGUCAAGAAGGUAAAGUGGAAAAGGUAUAUCCACCAAAUGUACCUGGAUAUAAAUAUGUAAACGCUGAAGAACAGGACAUGAGUUUCCGGGAAAUGUCAAACAGAGCUGCUCAAACUUUGUUUUGGACUGAAUUGGCAAGAGGUUUCGCCGUAACACUUGCACACGUAUUUAAGGAACCUGCAACAAUCAACUAUCCUUUUGAAAAGGGUCCUUUGUCUCCAAGGUUCAGAGGUGAGCAUGCAUUGAGGAGAUAUCCAUCUGGUGAGGAGAGAUGCAUUGCUUGCAAGCUGUGUGAAGCUAUAUGCCCAGCUCAGGCAAUCACAAUUGAAGCUGAGGAGCGUAAAGAUGGCUCACGUAGAACAACUAGAUACGAUAUUGAUAUGACAAAAUGUAUUUACUGUGGAUUCUGUCAGGAGGCUUGUCCAGUGGAUGCGAUCGUAGAAGGACCUAACUUUGAAUUCUCGACCGAAACUCACGAAGAACUUCUUUACAAUAAAGAGAAGUUACUCUCGAACGGUGACAAAUGGGAGAGUGAGAUUGCUACUAACAUCAGAGCCGAUCACCUCUACCGUUAG